AUGGAAGAGGCCGUCUCAGGUGUUCACGACGAGCUGGUCAUGGAGUUCACUAAUAGUGGAACACCCGAUCUCGCCGCCAUAUUAAAGACACUCUCGUCGUUCAAUACUCCUCAGACUGGCCAAUCUCAAACCCCCAACACGUCAUUACCACCAAACGAUUCUCGCCAUGACAAUCACUCUAGGAUACUUGCAUCAAACCAACCCACCCGUAAUCCGGGCCACCGAGCACCACAGGAGCUAGCAGCCGCCUCGAGCAGGCAGGCUUCGGGGUUUGGGCCUCAAAGCAAGAGCUCUGUUGAUCCGUAUACUAUCACGACAUGGCCAGCUGCUAUCAAGUGUGUGAUGAAAACCGUUGCUCAGAAUGAGACAGUUCAGUACCGGAUCCGUCGGCUGAUUGCCACACAACAUGAACACGAGAAGAAUUGGUGGCAAGGGCGACAGAGACUUUUAGCAAAGCAAAAAGCGCGCGUCGGGAAUCAGAAGAAGCUAGACGAAGUGCUACGAGCCGUGGGCGGCAAAGUUACCAAUCAGCCACAUGAAGCUGCACCACAAGAAGAUGAGCUUGAGAUCAAACACUAUGAUGACAAAGUCUACAAGGCAUCAACAGAAAUGUCCAAGGCUCUUGAUUCGGAGCUUAAAGCCCUUGGGAUCCCCUUUUUUGCGAUUAAACAAGACCUCAUCCGGCCUUCACCGUCGGAUGGCAGCUCAAAACCAGAAGACGUAAAUAGCAGCACAGAUAAUUGUAUCACACCCGAAGAGGCAACCGUACUGCGGCAAAGGAUGCUGGAGCUUCUACAAGACCUUUGCAAGGAGUGA